AUUGAUGACGACACACCGACAGACACUGUAUAUGCGCACUUUGAGAUGACGUUUUUCACAGUAUAGCGAAGUGGGAAUCACAAAUGAAAACCACAAGAAUGAAUUUGAAGAGGGGAGGUUGAGGCAUUCCUCCAAACAGCGAGCUUCCCCCGGUGUUGUGCAAUGGAGCGUGGGAAGGAGCGAGUGGUGGCCCUGGUGGAUAUGGACUGUUUCUAUGUUCAGGUGGAGCAGAGGUUGAACCCAGAGCUCAAGAACAAACCCUGUGUGGUUGCGCAGUAUAAAACCUGGAAGGGAGGAGGCAUUAUAGCUGUCAGCUACGAAGCCAGGGCACACGGGGUCACAAGAAACAUGUGGGCGGACGAGGCCAAAAAACUGUGUCCGGAUCUGAGGGUGGCGAGAGUCCGAGAGGCACAUGGGAAGGCUGAUCUCACCAAGUACCGCGAGGCCAGUGUGGAGGUGAUAGAGGUGAUGUCCCAGUUUGCAGUGAUUGAGCGGGCCAGUAUUGAUGAGGCUUACAUGGACCUAACAAGCGUGGUGCAGCAGAGACUGAGGGAGCUGGCAGGGCAGAGAAUCCAGCCUGACCUCCUGAGAGCUACCUUCGUCCAGGGAUUUCCACAGGCAGCCAGGGAAGAGCAAGGGGAGGAGGAGGAGGAGGACAAAGAGGUGAGGCGCCGACGGGGCCUGCAGGAGUGGCUCGACUCCUUGCCCACUCACAGCAACACUGCCUGCCCAGAGCUGCAGCUCACAGUGGGAGCUGUGAUCGUGGAGGAGAUGAGAGCCGCAGUGGAGGCCAAGACUGGAUUCAGGUGCUCAGCUGGGAUCUCUCACAAUAAGGUUUUGUCAAAGCUUUCCUGCGGGUUUAACAAACCGAACCGCCAGACCAUACUGCCUCUGGGAUCUGUACCCCAGCUCUUCAGCAUGCUGCCUAUUGGCAAAAUACGCCACCUUGGAGGGAAACUGGGUGCUUUCAUCACCGAGACGCUGGGUGUGGAGAACAUCGGGGACCUCACCCAGUUCACAGAGACCCAGCUCCACAGCCACUUCGGGGACAAGACUGGUCAGUGGCUCUUUGGGUUGUGCCGAGGGAUUGAGUUUGAACCUGUAAAGCCAAGGCACCUGCCCAAGUCCAUCGGAUGCAGUAAGAAUUUCCCUGGAAAAACUGCCUUGGCAACUGGGGAGCAGGUGCAGCACUGGCUGAUGCAGCUGGCACUAGAGCUAGAGGAGAGGCUGACUAAGGACAGAGAAAUGAAUAACAGGGUGGCGAAGCAGCUGACUGUGGGGGUGCGGGUGGAGGGGGACCGCAGGGCCAACAGCUUCUCCCGGUGCUGUGCUCUGUCACGCUACGAGGCGCAGAAGAUCUCCAGCGACAGUCUAGCCCUGAUCAAGAGCCUCAACGCAGCAGGGAACCACCAGUCAGCUUGGUCCCCGGCACUCACACUGCUUCACCUGUCUGCCAGCAAGUUUUCAGAGCCCCCCUCAUCAUCCGUUGCAGGGAUUGCAAGUUUCUUAAGCAGUGAUGUCACAUCUACACAGAAACUUCCAACCCCCAGUCUGUCUGUCUCGAGCCCCAUCCCUAAGAAAACGGGUUCAAUCAAGAAGCCAGCUGGUGCUAUAGAGUCAUUUUUUCAGAGAGCAUCUGACAGAAAGAAGGAAGCGAGUGAAGUGUCGGGAUCAUUGCUGUCCGUGUCGCCAUCACAGCUUCCUGAUCCGGAAGAGCCUCUUCCUGCUGCCACCACUGUGCCACUUCCUGUCACGUCAUUUUCCAAAAAUAAAUCGGAUAUUUGCUCUUUCUUUAAGAGCAAGGCUUGUGAAAACUCUUCAGAUAGCAGAGAACUGACCGCUCAGUUAUCCAGAAGUUCUGACCUCGGUGUUGGAACCAGUGUCAACAAUUCUUUAAAUAAUUCUUCUCCUUUUGUUAACAACGAGGCCGACAGUGAAACAAAAAGAUUUAAUGUCAACCAAGACCUUCAGAGUGUAGAGUGGCAGCCUGGAACAAUUCCAGAACUGGCUGAGGAAGGAAAACCUGAGGAACCGGACAGUCUGGAUCACCUGAGAGAGAACGGAGAACCUGCCACUAGAGUCGCUAACGAGGAGCACUCUGGAGACCUGCUUUCCAACAAAGCUUCCUCUGAGGACCUUGUGUGGUGUGAACGAUGUGGCAAGAACAUUCUCGUUUGGGAGAUGCCUGAACACACGGACUACCACUUCGCUCUAGACCUCCAGAGCUCUUUUUCCUCAACCAGCUCAGGAACCUCUAGCACCGACCCCAGCAGAACCCCCUCCACCGCUGCUGCUGCUGCUGCCUCUGCCACCCUCUCGAGAGGGAAAAGCAAGUCCAAGAACACAGCAGCCCCUGCACCCAAGAAACUCAAAUCACAGGGCACCAACCAGACCCUGGACUCGUUUUUCAAGAGGAAUUAGGAUUGGUUUUGUGCUAUAGAACUGCCAGGCACAGCAGACUAGCAGAGACCACAAUACACAAGAGGAGUCAUUCCACUUGGUUUGCCUAUAAUCAUUAAAUGCAGUUUUUAUUUAAAAUGGUACAGGAUCAUGCGGUAGAAUGAAUGAGCACAUUUCAUAUCAGAUAAUUGAGAUUAUUUUAAUAUGUAUGAAAGUGUUUGCAAGUUAUCAACGCCUUCAGUUCUUUAUACAUUCUAUGUACCGUUCUGAUAUGGUUUAAAUAAUAAUUGCAUCAGAUGUUUCUAUUUAUCUGGCAACAUACAAAGUAGAGGUGGUUCAGUCUGCCUUUGUCUUCCACUGCAGUAAAGAGUUGCUGCCUCCUCUAAGUGGUUAAAGCUUUGUGAGCUGUCAUCUCUAGAGCCUUCAGAAGAUAUUGCGGGUUGACAAUUAUGUUGUCAAAAGCUGACUAUUGCUAAAGUCCCGUUUUUAUGUAAACUCCAGUGUAGGAUCCUGUUUGUUAUGCAGAUUUUGAUUUUUAUGUUAGUUGCUUCUGCUUGCCUUUGAGGGCUGUGUUAAUGCAUUGAUGUAACUAUUUUCAUACUCAGGGUUGAGUCCCAGGGUUGAGUAUUCAGUUGUCACUGCUUUGUCGUGGUGGGAAAAGCAUGUAAUAUACCACAGGUUUGAUAUUUAUUUGGCAAGCUUCAUGUAUGCAUGCAGUCCUACUUUGAUGGCUACAAUCAGAUUUUUACACUGAAAAUGACAUCUCGUUCAAAGAUUUAAGACUUUUUAUUUCAUUUAUAAUAUAACUGCUCCAAUGCAAUUUACAGUGCUGCAAUAUUACCAUUGCAUCUAAGUUUCUCUCAAAGCCAUGUUUCUUAAUGUAAAAGCCUGUUUAAAUGUGCAUUAUAUUCAUUUAAUAUGAAAAAUGUGAAUUUGUUGUGCAGAAAUAAAUAAAUUGGUGUACUAUUAGUAUUUUUGAUCAAUCACAAACAUAAGAAACAAACAAGUUGAGAGUGUUAGACAGUUUCUUCAUAGAGACUUGAGUAUAGACUGGGUCAGUUUUGUCUAGAGUUUCAGUAGGCGAGUGGGCACUUCUUUUAAAAACAGCCAUUUAUGAAAAGGGCUCCAGGCGUCAUGGCAACCGAAUUCAUGAUGGCCUGUAGUUUCUUGUCACAAUCAACAAUUCUGUUAAAUGGUAAAUACAAUUCAUUUUAUUUAGUAUUCAUAAAUGUUACAUAUUAUAAUUGUGUAUAUUGAACAAAAAUGACAAAUAAAAUCCAGUUAUUAUUUCCUGUU